AUGUUGGCGCCCAUUCUCCUAGGAGCUUUCCCUGAUGGCACAGGCCAGACGAGAAGAAUUUCAUCCUGCAGCCAAUACCAGGCAGAAGAGUUACCAAUGAUUGUGAUCCACCUGACCUGUGUGCUGGCCACUGAACCCUGCGUUCUAGAAAAACAGCAAGUGAACGAGAAGCGCAUCCUGCAGGCCGUCAACUUCCCGUUCCUGGUCAAACUUGAAUUCUCCUUCACGGACAACUCAAACUUGUACAUAGUCAUGGAAUAUGUGCCUGGUGGAGAGAUGUUCUCCCACUUACGGCGGAUCGGAAGGUUCAGCGAGCCCCAUGCCCAUUUCUACACGGCGCAGAUCGUACUGACCUUUGAAUAUCUGCACUCCCUGGACCUCAUCUACUGGGACCUGAAGCCCGAAAACUUUCUCAUCGACCAGCAGGGCUACAUUCAGGUGACAGACUUUGGUUUUGCCAAGCGUGUGAAAGGCCGUACUUGGACCUUGUGUGGGACCCCUGAGUACUUGGCCCCCGAGAUUAUCCUGAGCAAAGGCUACAACCAGGCUGUGGACUGGUGGGCCCUCGGGGUCCUCAUCUACGAGAUGGCUGCUGGUUGCUCACCCUUCUUCGCCGACCAGCCUAUCCAGAUCUACGAGAAAAUCGUCUCUGGGAAGGUGUGGUUCCCAUCUCACUUCAGUUCUGACUUGAAGGACCUGCUACGGAACCUUCUGCAGGUGGAUCUCACCAAGCACUUUGGAAACCUCAAGAAUGGGGUCAAUGACAUCAAGAACCACAAGUGGUUUGCCACGACUGACUGGAUUGCCAUCUAUCAGAGAAAGGUGGAAGCUCCCUUCAUACCAAAGUUUAAAGGCCCCGGGGACACGAGUAACUUUGACUGCUAUGAGGAGGAAGAGAUCCGGGUCUCCAUCAAUGAGAAAUAUGGCAAGGAGUUUACUGAGUUUUAGGGGUGUGUUUGUGCCCCAUGGGUUUUCUUUCUUUUUUUCUUUUUCUUUCUAUCCUUUUUUCCGAUUUGGGGGUGGGAGGAUUGGAUCGAACAGCCAGAGGGCCCUAGAGUUCCAUGCAUCUAAUUUAACACCCACUCCACACCCCCAGGGUUAGGGAGAGCAGGAAAGCCAGGUAUUGGGGAAGGGGUAACAUUAGCUGCUC